AUGCUGUUUGAUGGUUCGCAGAACUAUAGCGACGAUAUAUCGCAUUGGAGCUUGAAAAGCAUCGAGCAAGCGGCUUGCUCCGUGGAGCCGGGUACAGCAGAGGACGUCGGUACUAUUCUGAAGAUUGUCGGCACCCAACGAACUCCCUUUGCCGUCAAAAGCGGGGGCCACAGCGUAAACCCUGGAUUUUCGUCCACUCUUGGCGUACAAAUAUCCUUGGCCAGGUUCCACCACGUCGUAUACAAUCCCGAUAGUCAAACCGCUCAGAUCGGUCCUGGUCAAAUCUGGGACGACGUGUAUGCGGCACUUGCUCCAUUCAAUGUCACUGUCGUAGGAGGCCGAACUCCUGGGGUUGGUGUAGGAGGGCUAUUGUUGGGCGGAGGGUAUUCUUGGAAAACGAAUCAGCAUGGCUUAUCCGUCGACAACAUAUUGUCCAUGACGGUCGUGCUACCCACUGGUGAGAUUGUCAAUGCGACGGCUCGCGAACAUCCGGAUCUUUUCUUCGCAUUGAAGGGAGUCAUCGUCAACUACGUGCUGAAGACUUAUCCUCAAGAUGAUGUAUGGGGAGGUUUCUUCACAUUUGGGAUGGACGAGAUAGAGAACGUCAUUGCCGCGUCGUCGAAGUAUCAGAUUGAGGUUGACGAUCCAAAAGCUCAACUGUUGAUCAUUUUCGGUACCAGCAGUGGCGUAUCGGGUUUGUUUGCACAAGUGCAAAUCUUCUAUGACGCGCCUUCACCUCCAGCCAGCAUCUUCGAAGAUUUCCUCCAGCUACCGGCUUUGACGGGAGCUGCUACCACUCAGUCAUUUUUGGAAUUCUUCGCAGCAGGCUAUCUCGCAGAAAUCUUCUUACCGACCAUCUACUCGCACGCAGAGACCAUCCCCGGGUAUCCCCCGUCCGCGUAUCCCGCCACGCGCGACGUGGUCCUCAUGCCCGGGAACAUCAACGCCAUCUGGAGCAACCCAUCCGCCGACAAACUCGUCCACGAUUCGAUGGUAUCUUCCGGCAUCCGUCUGAGAGAAAAGGCCGUCGCUCUAGGACAGACGCAGGCCGACCCGACCGACCCAAACGCAUCGAAGUAUCCGAAUUACGCGGCAUACGGAACGCCAGUGGAGCACCUCUACGGGCAGCAUCUACCCUUUUUGCGGCAGAUCAAGCGCAAGUAUGACCCUGCGGAUGUGAUGUGCCUGGCGGGCGGCUUCAAGAUCUGA